AUGCAGAAUAUAGACAUAACUCAAUUGUCGAUUGAAACAGAUGUACGUUGUGCUUUAAAAGAAGAUAUUGGUGAUGGUGAUGUGACUGCACAACUUAUUCCAUUAGAACAAAUAUCAAAUGCUACGGUUAUUACUCGUGAAGUAGCAAUUAUUUGUGGAAUUUUAUGGUUCAAUGAAGUUUUCCGUCAACUUGAUUCUGAUAAUAAUAUAAUUAUUAAAUGGAAUGUAAAAGAUGGUGAUCGUGUACAACCAAAUGAUAUUUUAUGUACAUUAAAAGGACUAUCUCGAAUAUUACUUACUGGUGAACGAACAGCUCUUAAUUUUCUUCAAUUACUCUCAGGUAUUGCUACUCGAUGUCGUUAUUAUGCUGAUUUAGUUCAAGGAACUAAUGUUCAAAUACGUGAUACACGUAAAACAAUACCAGGUUUACGUCUUGCUGAAAAAUAUGCUGUUACUCAAGGUGGUUGUUAUAAUCAUCGUUUAGGACUUUAUGAUGCUUUUCUUAUAAAAGAAAAUCAUAUAGCUGCAUGUGAUAAUAGUAUUGAAAAAGUUAUAAAACGUGCAUAUGAAAUUUCAUCAAAUAAACCAAUUGAAAUUGAAGUUGAAAAUCUUGAUGAAUUACAACAAGCACUCAAUGCUAAUGCAAAUAUGAUUUUAUUAGAUAAUAUGAAUUUAGAUGAAAUACGUCAAGCAGUUCAAAUUACUAGUGGACGUGCUAAACUUGAAGCAUCCGGUGGUAUUAAUGAAACAAUAUUACGUGCAGUAGCAGAAACUGGAGUGGAUUUUAUUGCACUGGGCACCUUAACAAAAGAUAUCAAGGCAAUUGAUUUAUCAAUGCGAUUCCAACCUCAAUAA